CUCCGGCGACAGACAAAUCUCAACGUCGACGCUCCCGUUCUCAACCCCGGGAUACACCGUGAGCUUCCCGUCGAAUUUGUUCCCGGAACCGCUCCUCACCGCCACGGGCUUCCCCCACCCGAAAUCGUUACCGUAGACGUCGAACCUCGGCGAGCUGCUCAGCACCAUCCCUCCGGCGACAAAACCUCUCACCGUCGGCAUUUUCGGAUUCUCGAUCCACGACUCCACCGCUCCCUUCAGCUUCUCGACCGUCAGCCCCGCCACCACCUUGUUCACCUCCGCCGCCACGCGUCCCAAUCCCUUAUCGCGUCCUCCUGA